GAGUGUUUUGCUUUGGCCGUUCAUCAUUUUAACUAAGUUAGCCAUUUCUGGUUAGCAUCGCUGCAGGAUAGCAAAGCAGCCAUCGUCAACUGUACAAAGCUACUAUGGCACAGGCAGCACAGGCAAAUGUCCUCGACGCAAACAACUCUCAGAUCCAAGUGGAGCACGACAAAAAGCGUCGGCAGUUUGUGAUAAGACUAAAUGGAUCUCAUGAUCGAGCAGUUCUUCUGUAUGAAUAUGUUGGGAAGAAGACAGUGGACUUGCAACACACUGAAGUUCCAGAUGCUUACAGAGGAAGAGGAAUAGCCAAGCACCUUGCCAAGGCAGCCAUGGAUUUUGUGGUGGAAGAGGAUCUGAAAGCCCACUUGACCUGCUGGUACAUUCAGAAAUACGUCAAAGAGAAUCCUCAGCCUCAGUACUUUGAACAUAUUUAUCAAUGACCCCACAUGGCUGCAACAGAGAAGGCGAGGAGACAGAGACUCCCAAGGAGUUAAGUACUGUGUGGCAUCAUGCAUUGGAGUUACAGGCUGACAUACAACAAAGGACCUUCCAGGCAUUGUUAAACGUGACUCUGAGUGACUCCAGAGACAACUGAUCUCGUGGCAAAGACGUCCGUGAGCUGAACGUUGGGUCUACGGGUCAGUAACACGGGGAUACACACUCACCACAAACAGGAAGUGAAUCAGCUGGCCAGUACUUGUUAAAACAUGAGCAAAUAAACUAACCAAAGCUGAAGCGUGUUACCUCAGAAAGAAAAAUUCAGGAUACAGACCCAUCACUGACUGGAAGCAAGGUUUUAGGCCUGUAUUGAGAACAGAUGUGAGUCAAAUCUUAUGUUGCAAAUUUCCUGUCCUCCUUUAGACUCACUGGUUGUGAGGAGCGCUGCAAGAUGAACGACCCAGUUGUCUUUCUCCAUGAUAGUUUGAAAGGAAGCAAUGACGGCUUCACUGAUAAUCAAACAGCAAUGACUUUUAUAUUUCAGUUUCCUUUUGAUAUUGUUUUGCUGUAUUUUUUUUUUUAAAUUUGCUUUCCCUUCCUCUCAGAAAUAGUGUUUCUGAGGGCUGAAUUACUUUUUUGGUAGACUGUGAAUGCUAAACGCAUCUUUGUCAAGCUACUCAAAAGAGGUAUUUUUUAGGUGAUUGCGAGGAGGUAUAGGCAUGAAUUUGGUGGGUAAUGGGUAAUUUUUGAAAAAUAUAAUCUGCAUUUUGGAGACGUUUAUUUUUCCAAACUCAGUUUGGUUCCAGCAUAACUCUAGCCACUUCUGUUCGUACCAAUAACAGAAAUGUACUGUUGAUUAUUGGGGUCAUGAAUUGAUUAGUCAAAGGUGCAGGGAUUUGUAAACCAAAGAAGACAAACUGAGUCUAACUCUGGAGACAAAACUCAUUAUUUUUGUCAUUAUAACUGUCAAAUAUUACGGACACCCGUGAUAAAUUGGGUUUGAAGCUUGUCAGUCAUCUAAGUGUGGAUAUGGAUAAAUAUCUCUGCUCAAACCAGCAUUUCAAAAUCAGCACUGUUACAUUCAGGGCAUUUACAUUCUGUGGUGUCCACUGUCCUUUGUUCUGUCUGACAGGAAAAUGACACUAGAUGGCCGAAGGUUAUACACUUCUUUUCUCUUGUCAUUUGAUCUGUUUUGUUGUUGUUUUUUCUUCUUGUAUUCACAAGGCUGCUUUCACCAGCUCAUGUCAAAAUGAUAAAAGUCGUCACGAAAGAAAAAUUUUACUGAAAAAAAAAAAGGUUUACUGUAGUUUCCCUUUUUGGCUCAUUGGGAGCUUUUGCUGUCGACAAUCUUCAGUGUUGAGGAGAAGAAUACCUCAGGUUACUCAACGCCUUGGCAGGACACAUCAACAUGCAAGGCAGACUCCUUUUAUCUGCUUUAAUCACUUAGAGGUAAUUGCAGGAAGCCACUUUCCCUUUGUGAAUCUUUACUUUAGGUGACACACUCACCUAUUGAUAGGCCAAGGUUUUGUUUCAUUUGUGUGUGUGUGUGUGUGUGUGUGUGUGUGUGUGUGUGUGUGUGUGUGUGUGUGUAUUUCCAUUUGUGUGUUUUCUUGAGAGAAAACAAAUGUCUGAUUUAACACUUGAGCAGGUGGCUCUACCAAAAUGUACCAAUUCUUGUUAUAUUGUUUUGUGCUGUGUUUUUUUUUUUCAUUUUCUUGUUGUCUAUAAAUAAAUAAAACAAUACUA